UUAAAAAGUCGCAGGCAAAAAUCUAGUUAAGUUAGCCAGCAAGCAAACACAAUGGCGUCCAAGCUGUACGCCGUCGCGGUGGCGGUCCUCCUCUCGUCGGCGCGCCUCGCCGCCGCCGGUGCCGACGACGAGCAGUGGCCGGCGGCCGGCCGCGGGAGGAAGGUCGGCGGGACGACGGCCGUGGAGGACGUGGAGGGGAACAGGGAGGUGCAGGAGCUCGGGCUCUUCUGCGUCGUGGAGCACAACCGGCGAGGCUCGCCGACGGCCCGCGGCCACCGGCUGGUCUUCUCCAGGGUCGUGGCGGCGCAGACGCAGGUGGUCGCCGGGAUCAAGUACUACCUCCGCAUCGCUGCCCGGAACGGGCUGCGCGAGGGCGACGACGACGAGGAGAAGGUGUUCGACGCCGUCGUUGUCGUCAAGGCCUGGGUGCCAUCCCGCGAGAUGCUCUCGUUCGCGCCGGCAGCGGAGCAGCCAGGAUACUGAUGAGCUGAAUCAGCUGA